GAAGCUCAACAGAGGGCUCGACAGGAGGCUGAGCGACAGGCCCAGAAAGAGCAGCAGGCAAAGGAAGCAAAGGCACGUGCAGAGCAACUUGCCAGGAAGCAAGAGGAAGCAAAGAAAGCAAAGGCCCGUGCAGAGCAACUUGCCCAAGAACAACAGGAAGAAAAGGCCCGUGCAGAGCAACUGGCCGAGCAAGAGCGCGAACGGCAACACGCCAGGGAUCAGAAGGCAGCAGCAGCAAUCGCCCGUGCAGAGCAACUCGCAAAGCAACAGCAGGAAGCAGAGGAAGCCAAGGCCCGUGCAGAGCAACUUGCGAAGCAACAGGAAGCAGAGGAAGCAAAGGCCCGUGCAGAGCAACUCGCAAAGCAACAGCAGGAAGCAGAGGAAGCGAAGGCCCGUGCAGAGCAACUCGCGAAGCAGCAACAGGAAGCAGAGGAAGCAAAGGCCCGUGCAGAGCAACUCGCGAGGAAACAACAGGAAGCAGAAGCAAAGGCCCGUGCAGAGCAACUCGCGAGGAAACAACAGGAAGCAGAAGCAAAGGCCCGUGUGGAGCAACUGGCAAAGGAACAGCAGGAAGCAGAGGAAGCAAAGGCCCGUGCAGAGCAACUUGCCAGGGAACAGCAGGAAGCAGAGGAAGCAAAGGCCCGUGCAGAGCAACUUGCCAGGGAACAGCUGCAAGCAGAGGAAGCAAAGGCCCGUGCAGAGCAACUCGCGAAGGAACAGCUGCAAGCAGAGGAAGCAAAGGCCCGUGCAGAGCAACUUGCCCGUGAACAGCAGGAUGCACUGAGACGUCAAGAGCAACUCCAACUUCUGCGAGCAAAGAAGGCAGCACUGGCGGAAGCACAAGCACAGCUACAAGCACUAGAAACUCAGUGCUGGGAGGAGGACAGGAAAGCUGCUGCCGAAAUUCUUGGCCAGGUUACCCCAUCAAUGCCAGGAGCCGGGUGCAAGCCUGAACUGCCAGCAAGUCCAGCUCCGUUACAGAGGACCACGACCCCGACCGAGGCGGAGUCCCCCCUAUCCUCCUGGAGUCAAGAUGCUCAGCCACGCGAGCUUUUCCCAGCAUCCCCCACUCCGCCCGAAAGCACUUUGCCUUCCCUGCCCAAAGGGACUUUGCCUUCCCCGCCCAAAGGAACUUUGCCUUCCCCGCCCACAGUGGUGUCUGCAGUCAAGUCGGCACCAAGUGUGCCCAAACACAUGCCUGCUGCAAUCGCAGCCUCGCAAUCCAUGCCCCCUCCACCAACCGAUGCGGCGAUCAACCGGAGAUUGAGUCGGGCCAUGGAGCCCAAUGCCCGUGGGGAAUUCAAGAUAGCAGAAAGAAUCAGGAAGCAGUGGCACGAUGGUGGUGACUCCAAGAAUGGAGUCAUCCGUCUUUUUGCCAAGUGCGGCUACAACACGGACGGGGAUGACAUCGAUGCCUGUGUGGCAGCGGCGCAGAAAGACCCAGAUCACCUCAUCGUGGCAUCGGCGAAAGCUAGCAUCACAGACGAGUUUAGCUUGGAGACCGAUACGGAUACGAUGGACUUGAAUAUGGACUUGGGGAGCAGUGUGCUUCAGCAUCCGUCCAGUGAGCGACCGGCUUCGCUCGACGACGCGGCCGACGGCAUUUUGCAUCGCCCACCCGCGAACGAGGAGACAGCUCGACUCUUGAAACGCCUGGGAUACCCCGAGAUUGCAGAAGCGACGAGGAUGAUGACCAAAGUGGUGAGGAUGUACCGGAACAUGGAUGACUGUUGCGAUGCUCUCACGAAAUUCCACACAGAUGGUAUCGCGGAGGGCUUCGAUGAUGAGACUGUCUUGCCAAAGAAGGACGUGCCUACGGAAAAGGCUCCAGCAUGCAUCAUCGGCGAAGUGGCCGAUGCAGUGGUGAGUGAUGGCAGCGCAGUCUUAGACCCCAAUUACCCCAAGAGCCACCAGAGACACAACAACAAAGGACAUAGUUUCUUGAGUCGCUUCUUGAUCUGUGCCGUUCCCUCCAAGACCUACAAGAAGAACUCGAAUGUACUUCCAAGUCUGCUGAAGCAAGUUUCUCAAGAGCUGAAGGUACUUUUUGAGUCGGGUCUUACGCAUAGCAAGACUGGCAUCAGGUACCGGUUCGUACUGAUAGGGGCCAAGGGAGACGCCGAGUGGUACUUUGAAGCAGGCAACUUUAACCGGAGUUAUCAUCGAACCGGCCCGGUCAAUGCCCUCAAGAUCUGCCCUUUAUGUGAUGCGGGUGCCGAAGGCAUUCCGUACUCCGAUGUGAGUAGUGCACCCGAGUGGCUCCGUACAGUGGGCUCAUCGGAGCCAUGGCUUGAGACGCCUCCCCUGAACGAGGCGCCCUUUUCAAGGGACUUCCGGGCAAACCUCUACAAAUUUGAUCCAUUUCAUGUUUUGAAAUUCGGCAUCUUUCGUGAUGCUGUGGCCAGCACCAUAAUCAGACUUGCUUUCAUGGGCUUCUUCGACUUUACAGCAGGGGAGUCCCGUGGUGUCCCUGAACGACUGCUUCGGGCAUUUUCGCUCUACAAGCUGUGGUGCCUGGCAGAGAAGAAGAAUCCUUCACUUAAGACCUUCAGUCGGGCAAACAUGAACUUUGACAAGAACUACUUCUUUGCUUGGAUCAAUUGCAAGGGCAGCGAAGUCGUGCUGCUGAUGCAGUGGCUGGCUUUUCUACUUCCUAGCUUGGAACCGCGGCAGGAAAGCGAGGUCGUAGUUCUCAAAGCGAUGUCUCAGAUGAUUGAGGGAGGCUUAUGCUACAUAGGCGUUAUGCACUCGCAUGGCCUGUGGCUUCCUCGAUGUUGUGCCCGGGUCCAGCUGGAGGGAGGGUUUUCUUUCGUGCGAGGAUAUGCAUGGAUGGCACAGUACUGUACCAAUGCAGCGCUGCCUGGCUACCGUUUGCGCCCCAAAUUGCACUAUAUGAUGCAUAUUCUCAUGGAUGCACAGUCCCAGUACUCCCAAGGAGCAGAAUUCAUCCUUAGUUCUUCAAUUCACCUUUGUGAGAUGGAUGAGGACUACAUAGAAGCCCAGACCUUCAUGGCAGAAAAGGAGAGGCCUGUACUGUGGUGA